AUAAACUGUAUUUUUGUUAUUCUUCUAGAAACGAGGUAAGAUUCUGAGCAAUGAACCUAUCCACCUUUUAAUGUUUCAUGAGGCAGAGACCAUGAAAAGUAAAGGGAAGCCAUAAAAUGGAAUUUAUAACAGCAGUAAUAGGCCUUUUCUGUCUUUAGAAAAAAAGCAACAAAGUUCAUAUUGUUCACGUUGACAAAAUCCCCCCAAAAAUAUGUUGCACUGUAUAUGAGAUUCAAAUCAUAUGUACUUAUAUAUCUUGUGUAGGCUAAUUUGCAUACUCAUUACAAGUCCCUUCUGCAUAUAUAUGCAUGGUGUUUUGAGUUUUGAUCAAUGAGACUAGCCAUGUCUACUCCUUCAAAGAGCAUAAUCUGUUCAAGGGAAGAUGAUUAUGAACUUAGAAGAGGGCCAUGGAGUGUUGAAGAGGAUGAUCUUCUCAUCAGUUACAUUGCCAAUAAUGGGGAAGGGAGAUGGAAUUUGCUUGCUAUACGUUCAGGAUUAAGGAGAACAGGUAAGAGUUGUAGAUUGAGAUGGCUAAAUUAUCUAAAGCCAAAUGUUAAGAGAGGAAAUUUAACCUCGGAAGAGCAGCUUUUGAUUUUUGAACUCCACUCAAAGUGGGGCAACAGGUGGUCAAAAAUUGCGCAUCAGCUGCCGGGCAGAACAGACAAUGAAAUAAAGAACUAUUGGAGAACAAGGAUUCAGAAACGAGCAAAAUAUCUGAAAUUUGAGGCACACAGAAAAUCAAGAUUUGUAGAAUUUGUCAAGGGUCUACAGAUGACAAGAUAUCUUCAUAAAGCACAAGAAUCAUCUCCUUCAGCCAUGUCAAUCCAAGACCAAGCAAUUCCUUUACCUUUUGAUGGUGUUACUAUUCCUCAUUAUUCAUCAUUUGGGAUUGGGACAACACCAACAACACAAAUCACUUGCCAGGGAGGUCUCAAUCAUUUGAAUCAGCAAGACCAAAACUCAGAAUCUGAACACAACAAUGGUUCAUGCAUUUCCUCUUCAGAAUCAGCAAAUAUCCCAUAUAUGAGUCAGCCUUUGGGACACACUACUAGUCAAUUUCAGGCCUUAGAUAACUGUGACUUUGGCAUCUGUUCAUAUGAUGGCUAUAGCAUAGAUAACAAUUCCUAUGACAUGGAUGCCUUGAACUUGACAACCACAAUGGUUGCUGAGAAUCUGGAACUGCCAGUGUUUGAUGUCCAAAUAUCAGAACCCUAUUUUAUGAACAUGGAUGAAUUGUGGCAAUUUAGGAACAUACAAAGAUGAUGAUAUAGAUUUUAGAGUAUCUUUUUAGAACCACUCACAAUCUCUUUUAUGAUAUGCAGUGCUUCUUAUUAGAUAAUCGAUCAUUCAAUAGCUUAGCUAUCAAUAUAAAUGUAAAGAUUGAAGAGUUGUUUUAUAAUUUAUAAUACAUUUGGACAUGUUUCUUUCUCGGA